AUGGGCCAGAUUGCACCAGAGAGCAUAUACGAUCCCGGCCGUGACGUCUUCAUCAUUGUAUACAGCAUUGACGACAGAAAUAGCUUUCAAGAAGCCAUUCGCCUUCGGGAACAGAUACAAUCAACCAAGAACACUGCCAACAGCACAAAAUGCACCCCAAUGGUUAUUGCAGGGAACAAAUGCGACAAGGACAACAACCGGCAGGUUCCUCUGGAUGAAGCCAAAGCAGCCUUUGACCAGACCAGAAGGUGUGUCUUUCUGGAAACGUCCGCCAAGAAGUUCUAUAAUGUUGACGUCCUCUUCAGGUGUCUUUUUGAAAAUGCUCGCUUGCCAAGCGAGAUGAGCCCGUCGCUGCAUCGGAAAGUGAGUGCAAGUCACGGACCGACGUCUCUUAGGCCGAGUCAUAAUGGAAAGUUAGCCCUGAGGAGACGGUUGAGCGAGGCCUGUGGGAUGGUCACUCCCAAUGCGAGAAGACCCAGUGUCCGCAGUGAUCUUCUGCAGCUCCGGCUAAAGACCAUAAGGGGAAGUAGUAUGGACGAAGUCGACGACGAUGAAAGCGAGAGGGGUAGUAUCCAUAGAAAGCUAAGAAAAGCUAUGUGCUGUAUUCAGUAGCGAUGUCAGCAUUGAAGGGCAAAGCCAAACUGAUAAAGGACAGGGAAUCCGAUUUGGACGGACGCCUUAGCAUUCCUUCGGCUAUGCCACAGCUAAGUAAUCAAGAAUCACAUUUUGAAGAAAACAAACAAAUCUUUUCGUCAUGUUCGUGUAAAGUCUGCAACAGGUGAUUGAGCCGAGACUAGGUUGGAUUGGACCAAACUACUACCAUGAGUAGAAAUUUAGAUAUUAGGCUUUCAAUUGAGAUUGGAAAUAGACCAGGGUGGUAUGAUAUGGUAUAUUCGCCAAAGAAUGAGGAUACCAAACGAACGUUUACAGAGAAUGUCUGAUCAAACUGGAUGUGUAGCUUAGCCAUGAUGGUUGUUCGACCGUGAAACCAAAAUGCUAAUUUGUCUGCGAGAUUACGGACGGACCAUUAGUGGAUAUAGGGGAAGGCAAAGGACCCGCUAUUCAAUCAAGAACUUGAUUUAAACUGUUUGAAAAUUUUCACAAGUGGAAAUUACACUAAGUUCUAUUUUUGUCUUUACUUUUAGUGGCGCCAUUCUUUAAAUUCAGCACUAUUUAAUAGACUGUCUUGAUACUUAUCUCGUUUAAAUCUGUCUGCCUCACGUCAGUGGUGUGUUGCGAUUCCGUAUUCCGUUCACCUUGUGUUUGUAAAAAUACACCAUUAACAAGUUUCCGGGGACGAUAACAAUUCAUCGUGUACUAGUAUCGGGCUUCAUCUACUUAACACGAUUAAUAGAAUAUUGUUUUCUUUCAGUUCUGACUACUCUUAAAUUAAGCAUGCAACUGUUUUCGCAAGAAGCCACACAAAUAAGAGUAAAAACCUUCAACACCCACGUGAUUUAUGUAUUAACGAGAGUAUUACGCACCGACAAGAGCGACAAAGGACAUUUUUGAGAAAAGAAUAUACCGACAAAUAUUGUUCUGUGAACAAGGAUCUAUUUUGAUAGCCCGGAGAUGAUCAUCGCUCAACACUGUCUCAUUACCGGUUGCCAAGGACAACCUCAAAAAGUUUUCCUCUGUUUCCGCAUUUACAAAGAUUCGGAGGGCGAUCGUCGAGAUCUCAAUUGAGCAAAGUGUAUUUUGAGUAACAUCUUAAUGAUAGAAGAUAGAGAUAGAUGGAGAUAGAAACAAGCCGCCAAAGCAAAGAUCUGAAAUAGGCUGAAUAUGCGAAGGCUUAUGGGUAUGAGCACUAAUGAUAAAUAAUGAUGUCGUGCGUGGUGCCCCAGGUGAUGAAGGCCUUAUUGUCUAACAUUCGAAAAUACUAAACUCAUCGCUGUAUAAACUUAGUCUCUUAGACUUCUUCGCGGGAAACAGAAUAUGAUGUUGUAAAUUUGAAAGUGCACUUCGAGAAGUAUGAUGUAAAUACUUCCGGAUAAUGUCAACGUGAAAAUUGAUCUAGAAUCAUUAUGUUAACGAAUUAAAGCUUUCAGUACGCAUGAGAUUUGCCAAAUAGUAUUGUCGAGGAAAGAUAAACUAUAUAUAUGUUGAUUUAGUUAACGUGUAUGAACUUCAAAGUUAAGCCCUGAGGGGCUACUUUGUAAGUGUCGCUUUGGUCGCGUAACAUUUAGAUCCUGUCACAAUUGGUAUGGGACUACACGGCAGGCUGCAACAGACAUCAAUUGCUAUAUACGGCCACUGAUACACAUGCUUCGGAUUUCAGGCCGCCUCCGACGCCGGCUUUGAAGUCGCCUUCACGAAAGCAAUUUGGGUGGUGGUACACAUAGUUUACGCCGAAAGUGAACUGACGCCGCGGCGCGCCGCCUCGAAAUCACUAUCCGGUUUACAAAAAGCCGCCUUCGCGCCGCUUAUUCAUGUGACGCGAGUUGGCUGACGAUUCCUGUCAACAUUUUAUAUUGUUCGUCAGCUAUAAUUAUUGUUCGUUAUUUCUAGUUCAGUGGUCAAUCCGGCCUGAGUCCACUUGGAGGACAUACCAAUUUGCAGGAAUGAAGCCGGCGUUGUUGCCAGCCGGCUUCAGUCGGGCAAUUUGACGCCGCCUUCAAACCACAUCCAAAGGUGGACUCAGGGUCCGAGACAGUGUCAGUCCGGCUUUCGAAAGACACAAGUCAAGCCACCUCCGACGCCGACUUCAGUCCACUUUCAGCGUAUGUAGAGCGCCACCAUAAGAUGGACUUUCUUGGCUGUAAGUCUAGGCCUAAGUCCUCAACAUUUAGUGACAAAUGACUCCUGAUCCUUUACGACGUUUGCUAAAGAUUAAUGAAAAAGAAUUAAAUCUGUUAUUUUGGAUGUAUUCAACUUAACGGGAUGCCCCGGGCUGAAAUGUUUAUAUCUAAAUAGAGUAAAAUUCACAGAGCAAAACGCUGAAAAUUUCAUCAAAAUCUAAUAACACAUAGCGAAGUUAUUGAAUUUUAAAGAUUAGCAAUAUAUUAUGAAAACCGUUAUAUGCACGCCGUCAUGAAUAUUCAUUAGAUGGGCUGAUGAUGUCACAUCCUCACCUUCCUUUUUUCUUACGUUAUUCCAUGAAAUCAUAAUUGUUUCAUUUUUUUCAACAUGUGUGAAUGAUAUGUCUCCCUUAUAUUGAAAUAAGUUGCAGCAAUUCUAUUGCACUUAAUCAGUUAUUCCAAUACUUUUGGUUUUGAAGGACAAAAUAUGAAUAAACCUAAUUUCAUAUAAUAAAAUGCAAAUAACAUUAUGGGUAUCAUGUCAUCAUCAGUUUGCUCAUUGAAUAAUCAUGAAGACAUGCCCAGAACUUUUUUUUUACCUAAUUAAUGCAAAUCUUUAAAAUGCCAUAACUUUGUUAUUCCUUUUCAGUCUUUUGUUUGUCUGGGUUUUCUAAUUCUGUUCAAAUCAUACGAUUUACAGCCUGGAGUGUCCCUUUAAUUUCAUACCAUGAGGUGAUAAUAUCGUCGGUGCUACGUAUAUUAAUACUAGCCUAAUGUUCUCAUUAAAUUUGGUAUUUGCGUGUUUUCGCUCAACCACGCUGUUUCAAUCCUAAAACACAACAAAUGCAUUGAUUCACAUUUGAAAUCUCGGAGAUCUUUGUCGAAAAUGGGUGAACCGAGAAAGAUGAUCAUCCUAAGAUUGGGAGCUGACGAAAAAUUGCAAAUAUGUCGUUUUUCCAUAGUCACGGACGAUACUGCUGUGAUGAUUCACCGUUUUUCGACAAGACGUUUUUGUCAUGAAGGGUUUUUGACAAUAGAUUCUCUACGUUCCAGAGAGCGUCAGCGAAUAGUCGUUCCGAAAACUCCUUAUUAACACCGAGUUGCUCCCGUCUGCCAAGAGGCUAACUGAACUGUUAACUAUUCGCCUACAUGUAUUUCCUAGGAAGGCAUUUUAGGCCCUUUUCACACGUGAAUCUUGAAUCAUCAUUGCAAUGAUGAAUGCUAUAGUAAUCGUGACUGGAAUUAAUAGCGUCCAUGAUUCUAAUCAUGUUCUAGUUUGGUUUCACACGUGCUAAAUAUUUGUCAUUAGCCUUAUUUUUCAUUGGAAUCAUCAUUCAAAUUACGAUUUUUUUUUACCGUGUGAAAGGGCGGAUAGUAAAUAACACAUGUAAUUUAGCCAGACAAUCCUGGAGAAAGCUUUCAGAAAGUGUGCAUGACAUUAAUGUUCGUCAGUCUAUUUCGCAUCCAUUACACAAAACACAUUCAUGAUAUAAAUGUUUUGUAAAAUGAAAUACAUAAUUGUGAGUACAAAAAGCUUGUCAUAAAGACGGUCGGCGCAUGCUCGGUAUGUAUAUUAAUUACUUAAAUUUACCGCCAUCUUUCCAUGUCGCGUGUACGAAAAUGUAGUCAUGUGAUAUAAUAUCACUCUGUUUGUUAGUAGUGUAUAAGUAUUAAUGGGUGCAUUGGCAUUAUUGUUUCCCCUAAUGAGGAUGAAUGCACAGCACAUGUAUAUAUAUUCAAAAGAGCUGAUCACUUUUGAAACUGACAAAAAUGUGUUUUUAUACUCGAUGAAUCGUGAUUUAUACUUUUGUAAUCCGUUGUUUUCAACCAAGUCAAAGUUAUAUUUUGUAUGUAUGCCAUUUAACAAAUUUUGGUUGUAUUUUCGUUUGAAUUUUAUUUUUGAUAUUGAUUUCGUGGUGUUGCAAACAUUGAACGUCAAAUUCUCCAGUGAAAUUUCAAUAUUCCUAAAUUAUUAUUCGCCGACGUUCUGUACCUGGAAUUAAUCGAUUAAUCGAUGACAGCAUUGAGAUCACAUACUCGAGGUAAAUUAGCCGAAAGUUUGAUUGGCAACAUUAUUUUGAAUUUUUAAUGUUACUAUUUAUGAAUAUGAUAUUGCCCGAUUAUCCUCUCCUAUCUCGAGAAUGUAUUCUGAAGAUGCAAUCUAUUCUCCGAAGCAUUAUUGUUAUCAUGUUGCUAUAGUAACAGCUGUCUGAAUAGCAUAUUAGACCCACUGUAUUUUUUGUGAGAAUCAUUAAAGGGGAAUCCAACCCAAAUAAAAACUUGUUUUUAUAAGGAAAAGAAAAAUCAGACAAGUUGAUAGGUGAAAGUUUGAACAAUAUUGGACAAACAACAAGAAAGUUAUGAAUUUUUAAAAGUUAUAAAUAUUGGUAAUCACUAUACCCAUGGAGACUUCAAAUUGGCCGCAUAUGGGAAGUCAUAGUGAUGUAAGGCAAGGACUACUCUUCCAUGUACUCCAAUACAUAUUAUGGCUAAAAUGUCAUUUUCCCCAAAAGUGUUAUUUCAAAUUAUAGUUUUCUUUCAUGAGGACAUAAAACAAUAUACUACCUGGGUUAUAUUUAGAUUACUGCCCCAGGGGAAUGGGUACUUAGGAGAAAACCACUAAUCCCUGAUAAUAAAGUACAUGGCCUAUGGGAAAGUUGUCCUUGCCCCUUGUCAUAAUUUACUUACUCAGUUGCCAAUUUGAAAUCUACAUAGUAUUAGUGAUCUCAAUUUUAAAGCAGCUAUAACUUUCUUAUUGCUUGUCCGAUUUCUUUCAAACUUUCACCAUUCUGUUUGAUUUAUUUUUCUCCUUCCCAACACAGCAUUUUAUAGCCAAGGCUGGAUUCCCCUUUAAUGAUAUGAUUGAUAACCUUGCCGAAAAGUUUGCCUGUUGAUUACAGACAUAAUAUCAUAUUCUAACACACUAUUUUUUGCACAUUGAACAUAUAGCCGUUUUUUAAAACAUUUAUGUAUACCUAAAUGUAUAUCGUAUCAACCAGCACAAGAGUGCUGUUUGAUACGAUAUACAUUUGUAUCACAAUAUUUUGUGCAGUUUGGAGCCCAGUUUUGAAUACACCAAGAUUGCUUGGUGUUGUGUAGAACAAAAAAAUUCCAAUAUGCCCUAGGACUGAAACCACCGACAGAAAAAAAGAUAAGAUGAAAUAGUAUGGAUACACAGAACUCACAACAAUCCUAAAUUUAUAUUUAUGCAGAAUGUGGGUCCUAAUUCGAGCUAUAUCCAAUCAAACUGAAGAAAAACAAAUACAGUAUGAGAGAGAGAGAGAGAGAGGGGGAGGGGUGGAGAGAGAGCAAGGGAGUGCGGGAUUGAGAGAGAGAGGAAAAUGAAAGAUGGAGAGAGAGAUAUAUAGAAUGAGAUACACGAAGAGAGGGAGAGAGAUAGAGAGGGAAUGUGUGGGGUGAGAGAUAGGGGAGAAAGAGAGGAUGAGACAGAGAGGGGGGGGGGUUGUGGGAGUUUAGAUAAGUAUAUUUAUCAUAGUAGGACUGGACACUGAAGGGAGUCAAGGUACUGUAUGUAAUGGAUGAAAGAAUGGCGGAAGUUUGGAAAGGGUGUCAGAAAACAAAUAUGGAGGUGGAACAAAGGAUAGCUAUAUCGCGAGAAGGGUGAGAACAAUGAAAAAAAGAGUGAAGAAAAUAAUAAGGAGGAGAAGGGGAGGACAAAAAGUGGGUGUGGAUGUCGAGAAUGAUACACGAUAGAACAAACAUUUCAUAUGGGGAAAAUGUGAAAGGAUAGUUGAAGAGAGAUAUUAUGAGAUAACACAUAGGAAAAGAAGAUGGAAAGUGUUUGAAAAGACCUGGAAGGGGAGACCGGAGAUGCAUGGUGGAGUAAUAAGGGUAGAGGGGGUACGUUAGAUAGAAAAAAGGAAAUGGAAUGGAUAUUCAAAUGUUCAGUCAAACAUUAUUGAGAUUAUAUUGCUUGACAUACUGGCAGAGGUAGGGGUAUACAAAAGAGAUCAGCAAAAUGAGUGGCGAUGGAUGAGGGAGAAAGAUGAGAGAGACAGAAGUGGUGGAGACGGGGCUAGUGAGAGGAGAAGUGGAUAUGGUGUGGAGAGAGGGAGAGGAGGGGGUGGAGAUGGGGUAUGAUUAGAGAGGCAGAAGGGAUGGAGAUGGGGUAUAAUGAGGGAGUAAGAGUUAGAGAUGAGAGGGACACAAGGAGUGAUGAUGGGUAGAGAAGAUGAAAGACAGAAGGAGUGGAGAUGGGGUAUAAUGAGGGAGAAAGAGUUGGAGACGAGAGGAACAGAAGGAGUAAUGAUGGGUAGAGAAGAUGAGAAGGGAGUGGAGAUGAGGUAGAGAGACAGAAGGGGUAGACGGGAGAUUAAUUAGACAGACAGAAGGAGUUGAGAUGGGGUAUAAUGAGGGAGAAAUACCUCGAGUGUAUAAAAUGGGGGAGAGAGGAGUGGAGAUGGGGUAAAGAGAAGGGGUGAAGAUGGUGAGGAGAGAUGGGGUGUAGACGGGAUAGAAUGAAGGAGUGGAGAUGUGGUAGAGAGAAGAAGGAGUGGAGAUGGGGAAGAGAAAAAGAGUUGCAAUCAAUCGCAACUCUAAACAUCAUGCGCAACUUGAUUUUCAACCAAUGAACAGCGCGCAUUUGGGACUUGCGAUCAACUCUUUCUGCAACGGGCCCCUGAUGGGGUAGAGGGGGAGAGAUGUAAUGGAUUGGACGCGAUAAAAUGAGAGGACUAUGGGGAGGAAAGGAAAAGGCACGUAGAAUGUUGACUGGAGUGAGACUGACUUGUAAAAUGUGUUUGGCAAUUUUUAUUCGAUGUGCUUGUUGUUGGGUGUUGUUUAAUAGUGUGAAUUGAAUGCCAUUUUGCUUUGUUUAUUAUAUCGAGGGUUUUGUAAUUGCAUUGACGCCAAAUGGCGAAAUGCCUUGUGUUUAUACCAUUCUUAUUCUGCAUCGACAGUAUGUCUUGAUUUCCUUUAAUCUCUGGUGUCAUCUGUAAACACCCACAUCUCAUUGAUAUUAAUUCUCUGUUGCUGAUCCAUUUAAUAUGUGAAGUUUAAUUGUUGUCCGUCCAAUUAAGAUUAAUAAAAUGCGUUCUUGAUUCGAA